CAAUGAUCAAGUUCGAUAUAACUGCAUAUACACACAUUAUACUUUGCGUUUGACAUGUUUUGCGUAGCGAUUGGAAGUUAUUUAUCUCUAAAUGUUUCUGACCACUUGUGCAAACAUUGCAUUUUAGAUUAAUAAUAAGCACUUGUGCCAAUGUGAACGCAUUUUGAAAGCUUUAUCGAUUAAACUAUAAUUAAAGCAGUGUCUCGUGUCCUUAGACACAAAUGCAUCAAUAUGAUUAGACCAAUGAAAUGGAUGCUAUUUGUGUUGCUUAGUUAUAAUGUUUAAAAAAAAACUAGUUACGUCAGAUUUAUUUGCUUUGAAAUAACAGCCACAUGUUUUUGUUCUCAAGAUCCUCUCGUCUGAAAGUCAUGCAAGUGGACAGGAUGGAUGCUACUCAACAGAUUGAAGAUCCUUUCUCUGAAGAAGAAGAUAAUGGUGAGAAAGAGGAGUACAAGGAGGGAUCAGAAAGAGAACAGGUGGCGACCCUGAAGGUGUUUAAAAACGACCAUGUUCCAGAGAGAGAAUUCCCACUCUACGUUGGCGAAAAUGUCUUGGGUCGUGAUCCUGUUGCCUGUUCUGUUCUGCUUCCAGCCCGAUCUGUGUCUGGUCGACAUGCUGUCAUCUCCAUCUCUGUGUUCCACUCUAGCAACAAUCGUCCCAGUGACAUCGAAGCCGUUGAAGCACUAUUAUGGGACACUGGGAGUUUAAAUGGAACCAGAAAAGGCAGAUUAAAGCUGACGCCUCAAGUGAGAUACGCUCUGGCUGAGGGAGAGAGUGUGGUACUUGCUGACAUUCCGUGCCAAUAUAUCAGUCUACACGUUUCGAAAAGAGACACUCAGUCAGUUUCAAAGGAGAUUGGAGCAUUUAAGCAUGAGAAAAAGGAAAGUUCAUCAGUGCCCAGCAGUCAUUCAGAGCCAAAGAUAAGGAAAGGAGUGCUGAACGAGAAAGUGAGAGGUGCCUUGCCUCCCGUGCCUUUAUGGAGUCCUGAGGAUGAAGGAUCUAAGAGUGCAGCCAGCCUGUAUUUACCAAACCCAGUUUACAAGCUGCCUGAGAUCACCCUGGUGCCUGAUUCUGACUCGGGUUCAGAUGGAGAGAGCGCUACAGAUGAUAGGAGAGAUGUAGUUUCAGACUCUGCAUCCUCCUCACAUUUGGUAAGCCCUUCAGAUUCAACAUUCCUGACCCCAGCCAAAAAAGUUAUUCCAGAGAGUGAGGAUGAGAGCUCCAUUACUCCAUCUUCAGCCACAAUAGACCUAUUUAAAGUGAAAGGCAGCUUCAAUGAAGGCUGUUCAGACUCCUCUAAGACUGGCCCGCUGGCUCUAAACUUAGACAGUGACACUGAUAUUGAGGAAGAGGAGACAGACAGAGACGGGAGUGGGGCAGAUGCUCAGACUAAAGUAGCUUCAAAGGUGGAGCCCGUAUCUUUAGGUGAUCUACAUAUGGACAGUGAUACUGAUGUAGAGGAAGACCAGACUGAGAAUAGCAAGGCUGAACCUGAAGCUCAGAACGUACAUUUAAAGAAAGCAGUAUCUUCAACUGGUCUUGAUUUAGAUAGUGAUACUGAUGUUGAGGAAGAGGAGACUGAGAAAAGCAAGACUGAACGACAGGCUCUUAUCAAAGAAGCUUCAAGGGUGGAAUCCGUAACUUCAGCUGAUCUUCACAUAGAUAGUGAUACAGACGUUGAGGAAGAGGAGCCAGAGAAAAGCAAGACUGAACAACAGACUCUUAACAAAGAAGCUUCAAGGAUCGGAAUUGUAACUUCAGCUGAUCUUCACAUAGAUAGUGAUACAGACGUUGAGGAAGAGGAGACAGAGAAAAGCAAGAGUGAGACAGAUACUCAGAUUAAACAAGCUCCAGAGGUGAAACCUGUAACCUCAUCAAAUCUUCAUAUUGACAGUGAUACUGAUGUCAAGAAUGAUGCCACCCAUACGGCUGAACCUCCCAAAGUUGUAGCAGCUCCAGAAAGCCCCCUAUCAGCUCCCCCUCAUGCGGAAAUACAUUUGGACAGUGACACUGAUGUAGAAGAUGACAAUCCCAGUGAUGUUCCCACGGCGACAGAGGUUUCACAUCCAGUCGUAAAGGAUAGUGACGUCAGACUUGCUUCAAACCCAGGUGCAGGGUGCUACAUGGACAGUGACACAGAUGUAGAGGAUGAUGAGGAUCCUUUUAAAUCUUUACCAGGCAAGGUUGCAGAGAAUCAAAAGGUUUCUACAGGCAGCAAAGUAGAGCAACCAGAAAAAAGCAUCCAUAAACAAACCCAUCCUUUCCAAGCAUAUAAUCAUCAUGAGGAACCCACCCAAGCUUUUGACAACUUAGAUGACUGGGACCUACAGGCGACACAGGCAUACGGGGGUACUGGAGCCAAUGCUGUUCUCAGGCCAAAGGAAGUGGAUCUUGAGGCUACACAGGCAUACGGAGCAGAGACAGACAGAGAGGAUGAAGAGGAGCCUCUCAGUUGUAGUGAAGUUCACUCAAACCUUUCCACUGCUGAAACACAGCUCAUCCCAACAGCAAAGAGUAAUGAUGAAGAUGAUGAUGAAGAGAUGCCAGAUGACUUUAACCUCUCCACAGCAGACACUCUGAUCCUCGCCAGCACCCCAAGACGAGAAGAGCAGACGCAACAUUUCGCUCUCUUCACUGCCCCGACACAACUCAUUUUGGAGGGAGAAGAGAAAGAGGUGGACCAGAGUGAGCCGGUCCAGUUGAUGCAGGCUGAUACCAUCUAUGAAACACAAGACGGUGUGGAGGAGAAUAUUAUAUGGGGUAGAAAGAGGAACAAUGUUGGGGGAAGGAUGCAAAAAUAUAAAACCUACUCCACCUCUCAACUCAUCAUUGCUGAAACACAACCGAUGUGUAAGGAUGAAGAUGCUUCAAAUGAAGGUCAAAACAGUGCGAGCACUAGCAAGCAUACAGAUGAAGAUGAACACAAACAUCUAAGAGAAGAACCCUCUAGUUCCUGUGUCACAAUUGCUGAAACACAACCAAUGUUUGAGGAAGAUGAAACACUUAAUAUGGAUCUGAAGAUCGGGUCAACUCUAGGAGACAGCAAGCAGAAAAACAUGAAUCUACACAGGUUAAUAAAAGCUCCCCUUCCCAUCUUGUCAUUGCUGAAACGCAGCCAAUGUGUGCGGAUGAAGGGACAUCUGAUGAAGGUCUUAACAGUGCUGUCAGCAGCAGAAACACACAUGAUGAACCAAAAAAUAUCAGAGAAGAACCGUCUAGCUCUCAUGUCACCUGCUGAAACACAACCUAUAUUUGAGGAAGAGCUAAAGCUUGAGGUAAACUCUGGGAAACUAGACACAAGGCAGGCAAAAGAACAUGAAUCAAUACAGCUCGCUGAUACAAUUUUCAGUUCCAUAAAUCUAGAUGAAAAUAAACCUGUUGAGCAUCCUAAAACCCCCUCCCCGCUAACCAUUACCGUCACUGAAACACAGCCUAUGUGUGAGGAACAAGAGACACCACAGGAAGAUCAGAAUAAUGCAGGUCCAGACAGAUCUAACCAAUUCCAAAAAACACAGCCUGUGCACGAGGAAGAUGAAGGACAGGACAAAGAGCUCAGUAGCAAGAUGCCUAGCAGAAGAUCAAGCAGAGGAAGACCAAAAAAACAAGAGGAGGUCUCACAGCCUUCUGAGGGUGUUGUCCAUCACACUAUUGCAGAAACUCAACUAAUUUGCGAGGAAGGAAAUAAAAAUGAUGAAGAUCAGAAUGUCGGAGUGAAAUCCAGAAGGAGUCGCAGGGGGAGACCAAGUAAGAAGGACGAUGUUCCACAACCUGUUGAGUCUGAGGAAAAAACUGAGGAGGAAGAUAUGAACAGUGUUCUCAGAUCUAAGCGGUCCCGCAGAGGAAGACAAACAGAUGAAGGAGAACCUGCAAAGUCCCUUGAACCAAAUUCUGAUGUCAACGUUGUCGAAGAAGAACAUACUAAUGCAGGGAGAUCAUGUCAGACAAGAAAAGUUGGUGGCAAAAGACAAAGAAAAGAGAAGACAGACCAGGAAAAUGAGUCGGGUGCAUCUUCUAAGGGCCCAGACAGAGCUAGGAAAGGGCAGGAGGGGAAAAGAAAUAGGAGACAAGCAUUAUCUGAGGAAGAGGAGGAAAGUGAAGAAGAAAAAACAAGAAGGAUAGGAACAAGAAGGACUGGAAAGAAACAGAAAUGUAAGGAAAUGAUAGGAGAGCAAGAAUUAAAGGAGGACAUGGAGAACAAUGUCCAAGAGGAGAAAGAGAAAGUUGAAAAAGAGCUGCAAGAACAGGAGGCGAGAGAGAGAUUAGAAAGAGAGGAACAAGAGAGAUUGGAAUGUGAAAGAAUGGAAAAUGAAGAACGUGAAGAGAGAGGGAGGCAAAAUCUCGAACGAGAGCAGAAGGAAUUAGAAGAGAAAGAACGAUUGAAAAGGGAAGAAGAGGAAAAGCAGAAAGAAGAAAAGGAGACAAUGGACCAAAUAAAGAGUGAAAAGGAGGAAAGAAAUCGGUUAGAAAAAGAGUUGAAAGAAAAAUUAGAGAGGCAACGGCUUGAAAAGGAAGAGGAGGAAAGAAUCCAGAGAGAGAAGAUGGAGAAAGAACAAAAAGAGAAAGAGCAUUUACAAAGAAUAGAAGCGGAGAGAGAACAAUUAGAGAAGGAGAGACAAGAAAAUGAGAUGCUUGAGAUGGCAGCACAAGCACAACUGAACAGAGAACAAAAAGAGACAAACCAACAGGAAGAACAAAAGAAUGAGACGCCGGAGGAGAAAAACACAAAGCUAAAUGCUUUUUCAGUUUCUCCCAAUGAUGAUGUCCCUGUCAGACGAUCACGACGCCAUUCUAACUCCUCUGUGAACUCUGAACAAUCAGUUUCAUCUCAACAGGAGCAGUCCAGUCAGAGAGGCAGAGGCCGAGGGAGGGGCAGGGGGCGGGGCCGAGGGAGACCGACAACUACUGUACAGCCAGUUGGUGGCAGACAAAGCGGCAGGACAAAAACCAUCCCAGGGCCUGCUGAUGAUGUUGAUGAAACAGAGCAGGUGUCCAUAACUCCUUCCCGAUCCCGCUCCAGUUCUAGAAGUUCUGACAGAUCGUCUCAUAGCAUGGGAACUCAAAAUCAAAUGACGAGAGGUAGAGGAAGAGGCAGAAAGAGUUUGAAAUUACCAGAACCAGAGGAGGAAGUUUUCCAACCUAAAACCCCAGGAAGGGGCAGGGGGAAAGGAAGCAGGAAAGGAACAAAUGUUGAGAUAAACACUAAACAAGAUGAAGAUGUAGUCGAAGAGGCCGUCGUGCCUCAAACCAACAGCAGAGGGCGUAAGAGAACAGCCACUGCCAGCACAUCCUCAGUAGAGACUCCGCCACCCACACCUAAGACACCAAGACGCUCCACAACCAGUCAGAUGCAAAGGGUUUUAUUUACUGGGCUAACGGAUGAGGAUGGAGAAAGAGUGGUUGCCCGGUUGGGUGGCAGCCUGGCAAAGGGGGUGAAUGAUAUGACUCACCUGGUCACUGAUAAAGCUAGACGCACUGUUAAAUUUCUAUGUGCAAUUGCCAGAGGAGUGCCUAUAGUGACCCCUGACUGGCUCAAGAAGUGUGGCAAAGCCGGCCAUUUCCUUUCUGCUGAUGAAUAUUUAUUGAAGGAUGUUGAGCAGGAGAAGAAGUUUAGUUUCAGCCUACAGGCGGCACUGCAGGCGGCUCUACGUCAACCUCUUUUGAAGGGUUAUGAGAUUCAUGUGACAUCAUCAGUAAUACCAGAGCCAUCUCAGAUGAAAGAAAUCAUUACCUGUUGCGGAGCACGUUUCCUUCCUAAAAUGCCCUCUUCUCGUAAGGAGCACACAGUGGUGGUGUCAUGCGAGCAAGACAGGGAGCUUUGUGAGAAGGCAUCGAGAAUGUCAUUGCCGGUGGUCAGCACAGAGUUUCUAUUGACUGGUAUUCUGCAGCAGAAAGUUGACUUGCAGGCCUAUUCUCUCACAUCCUCUCUCAAUGCAGCCAAUCAGACCGCAGCCCCCAAAGCGCCAGCCAGGGGCCGUAGGAAGUAGUGCCAAUGACACAGGGAAGGACUUUUCGUGUAUUACAUUUUUGUUCAGCCUGUUUCUGUUCAGUAGAUGGCUUAGGAUGAAUAUGAGAAUGCAUUAAAUCCUAAUUUUAAGAAUUAAUGAAUACAGCUUGAUUGCGAAAUGCUGCCAUUGUUGUAAACCACACAUCCUUUGAUUCCUGUGAAUGUGGUAGCUUAAGACGGUGUGAGAGGAGGCUGUUCAUGAAUGAUGAGUGUGUUAAAGCCAGAUUUUUAAGCUAUUAAAAAUGCCUGAUGAGCCAGAAUAAAAAACUGUUGCAUAAAAUUGCCAGUUUCUUUAAAGAGUAUUUUUACAAGUUGUCUGAGCAAAUGUAUGCAAAUG